AUGGCGUGGAGACAGAAAGUUGACGAUCUGCUGCGGGUACACAAUUUCCCGGUCAAAUUAAAAGAAGAACAGAUAGAGAUACUUUCUGCAGUGUUUGAGGGAAAGGAUGUGUUUGCCCAGCUUCCUACUGGCUAUGGAAAAAGCCUGAUUUACACACUCAUCCCACUUCUGCUGGACAAACUUCACGUGGAAUGCAAGCACACAAUUCUUGUAAUUUCUCCUUUGCGAGCUUUAGUGCAGGAUCAGGUGCAAUCACUGAAUGCCCACAAUGUGAAAGCUAGAGCUCUUUUGGACACCACUUCAUUGGAAGAACUUGAAGGUAGCAGCAUUUUAUUUUCCUCCCCUGAAGCUGCAGUAUUGCCGAAAUGGAAGAAAAUAAUUAGGAAAACAGCUAUUUCAGUUGUUGUGUUUGAUGAGGCUCACUGCAUAUCACAAUGGGGUCUUGACUUUAGACCAGACUACCGAAAGGUAUCCACACUGCAGAGUUGGCUGUCUGCUCCAACUCUUGUGUUGACUGCCACUGCUACAGCAGAUAUCCAGAAAGACAUAUAUGAAGUGUUGGGGAUGACCGAGGACAGCACUAAAGUCAUUGCUCUUUUACCAGACAGACCAAAUAUUUUCCUCCAUGUGGAAAAAGUGACAGAAAACAUAAAAGAAGCUCUGAAGUGGCUGCCAGGUCAUUUUCAUUCACAAGACCCAAACAACAUCAGGAAGAUGAUUAUGUAUGUCAGAUCUAUAAACACUUGCCAACAGAUUUUUAAUUGGGUGUUAGAUGAGCUGGAAGACAAAGUGUUUUGUGGUGAUAAAAUUGCAGAUAACAGAGUGGUGGAGAUGUUUCACGCAAGUACGGAUGAACAGUCAAAGGAGAGAAUAAUGGAAAACUUCAUCUCGCCCGAUGGACAUUUGAAACUACUCAUCUCCACUAUUGCCUUCGGCAUGGGAGUCAACAUUCCCAAUGUGGAUAUGGUGAUUCAUUGGGGAAUCCCCCAUCAUCCCUGUCUUAUUGGCAGGAGAUUGGUCGGUGUGCCAGGGAUGGGCGAAAUGGAUAUGCUGUGUGCUACGCAUACAAAAGGAGCAUUACUAAAUGCACCAGUGAAGGACUAAAAUCGAUGCUGGAAAAGGAAUCUGCCACCACCCAGUGCAUCAGGAAGGAAGUACUCAAGACUUUCAAAUUGAAAGGUCUUUUAAAAACUGCCAUUCCAUCUCCAGAAGACUCACAUGAAAACUGUAAUGAACUAUGUUUAUGUUUUAAAUGCAAGUGUUGCAGUGUAUGCAUGGAAUCUUGUUCCUGUGAACACAAAUCAUCAAAUUCUUUUGAAAAAAUUUUGAGCACAAGUUGCUGAAUUAACACUGUGAGUGCCCAACAGUUAUACUGUCUGCUAAAGGGUUUUAAGGAGGUAUACUACAGUUCGAAUACGGCAGGGGUACAUUUUUUCCCCACAUUACUGUUUCACUAAAAUAACACUAGUUGACUAAUAAGUAAUUUUGCAUAUUUUCAAUUUCAUAAUAUUGUACAUAUCCUCAACUUUUCAUCCAUGUAAAUUUCUGUAAUGUAGUAGUCCUCCUUAAGUAGGUGAUGUUUUUCAUAGUGGCUUCUAAUUGUUGUAAAAUAUGCCUCCAUUUGAAAUCACAAUCAUAACCACAAAGUAGCAGUAGGAACUUGGAGUAUAUGUAUAAUACAACUGUUUCACAUAUUGUUUAUUAAUAUGUACCUUUUAUGAUGGUCAAUAUGA